AUGACGGUAGUGGAGCGCAUCUCCGCGCUCCCAGGGGAGCUACGCCUUGAAAUUUUGGACAGAUGCUCGCUUGGAGAGCUUAUGAUCCUGGCCAAUGUUAACCAGAAGGCCCGCAAACUAGUGAAGUCCAGAAUGCAGGAGCUCUGCCUCCACGUUCCAGGAGAGCUUCACGAUCUCGACCAAACGUCGCUACGGACCCUUCGCUACAUCUGUGCCGAUACUACCAAAACUCUUAUCGUGCUUCUUCCCGAAGCAAGAUGUCUUUCAACAAAGUACGACCCUAAGCCCUUUCACGCGGCCGACCUGCAGUGGAAAACGCUCACCUCAGUCAUGACAAAGAUGACUGUACUGUCUAGCCUUCAAAUUGGGAACCCUAGCUCCCUUAACGGCAAUUUUUCGCAGUCGAUGAAAUUAGCCGAAAUGCUGACUGUGAUGCUCUUGUCCAAAGAGCUUCCAAUCGAACACCUUCAAAUUUGGGCCACGGCUGAAAUGACUUCACAAAUCAUGCGGCACACUUCGCAAAACACAUGUUUGGAAGGCACCCACGAUUAG